CAGCCAGGCGCGCGCCCUUCGCCGGCUUGUGUGGAGCGGCCGCGGGGGGACGAAACCGGGGGGCGACUCCGGGCCCCCCGCUUUGCGCCGGGAAACAUAUGAAGCCACAGGACUUCGCUAGCAUCGGCGCGGGUCGCUUUUCACUUCUGUGCAGGAUUUAGCACUUUGCAGGCGCUACGCCAUGUUUUUGAGGCCUUAUUGCACUCGUCUAGAUGAGUCGGGCCAGGAGCGGCCGGCGGGUACCGAUGUGGCGGCGCGGCUGAUAUCGGCCCCGCUGGUGGGGAGAAGGAGCAUGAUGGGCACUACGAAGAGGC